AUGAUAAGCUUUGAUGUUUAUAAAUGCCUUUUGGUAUUUUCAAUAUUAUGUUCUUUGACACGUCCCGUUUUAUCUGAUUGUCUCAAUGCGCCUAUUGAGAAUUUUGACUACUUUCCUAAUAAGAUUACUUUUAAUACUGAAGUUGGAAAAAGAGCCUUUGAUGUGACGUAUCACGACACUUAUGUCGUCGUCACCAGUAAAAAGUUCCUUGAAACUUACGUCCUGUAUUGUACCGCAGCACAACCUGCUGGAGCUCCUGCUGACGCCACGAGUUAUAUUCAAGUUCCCGUGAAAAAUGUCGCAAUUUUAGGAGAAGAAUUAAAAUUGAAAUACGUUCUCGAUAAGAAGACGAUCACCUCUCCUUGCCUGCAAAAGCAUAAUGAUCUAUAUGAACAAUUGAGCCCUGCGAAUACAGCUCAAAUGGCCGGUACCGAUGUCAUAUUUCAGAGAAGUCCUUCAAUAACGGGAGGAAAGUUCGUGUCGAUCUUCAUCGAUGAGGAAACGAAAGGAUUAAAAGGAGCUGAAUGGAUCAAAUUUAUCUCGCUCUUUUUUAAUAAAACGGACGUCGCCAAUGAAGCUUACAAUCAAAUUUUAAAUAAUUACUUAUGUCACGUUGACAAUGUUUCUAAAGUGCCAAAUAAAACGAAAAAGACUAUAGCUUGGGUAUCUCUUGAGAGUGAUAAUACUUUCACCAUAAAACACUCUUUAUUUUACUCAAACCUUACUAUGGAUGCAGCCGCCUAUCCCUUAAUCAGCAUGAUGUCGAAUGUUGAUGUCGUUGAUUUACACAAAGAGCUUAACGACGCGUACAUUGUUAUCGAUUUAUCAGAACUUACCCCACCAAAUGAUACGCUUGAUGCGUGGAAACGUCUCUUUGGAUAUCAAACAUCGAUAGAAAAACUUCCGAAUUUCCUCACCCAAAAAAGAUUGUUCCGUACUCGCAAGUUGUUAAAUAAAAUGGCUCAUAAUGAUUGGGAUGAAACUUCUCCGUCGCGACCUGAUUUAGUAUUACAGGAUUUAAUAGCCAUACAAUAUCCAUCAUAUCAAAAGGAUUAUUAUGUUAGGUGGUUCGAUAAAUUCGCCGAAACUGGGGAUGUUGAAAUUUUAACGGAACAACAAUGUGAUGAAAGUACUUUUGGUCUACCAAAAAAUGAUUUCGGAACUUGCGUGCCAAUGCAAUUCACUGGUGAUAGUAAAGACAUCAAUGGAAAUAAAGUCAAUGCUAAAGAUGGUGAUGGUAAAUAUGAUGACAACAAUAGCAAUGAUAAGAAGAAAGUGAAACCUGGUGUUAUAGUUGCAGGAGCUUUAGCAGGAGCUUUUGUUAUAUUAGGCCUUGGAGUUUGGUCAUUAAUAGUCGCAAGAAGAAAGUACAGGGAAAGAUUUGUCAAAUUGAAAGAUGAACAUGAAAGUCAAUCGAAAGGAGUAAAGGAAGUGAAUGAGAAAUAA